CGGUUCACUGCGCGAUCUCCUACGAUCCGAUAGAAAAGUCGCCAGAUUCCGGCGAUACCGUAACGCGCGAAUGUUGUCGUCCCGUACGCGAUAUCUGUAACAGAGUAUCUCCGAACGGGUUCGGUCGAGGAUCUCCGAAACGAAUCGGCGUCUUUGCGCUGGAGGAGAAACGAGCGAAAACGAUUUGUACAGGGCGAACGUACUGGAGAACAGGAGGAGGAUAAUAAUAAAAAAAAAAAAAAAAAAAAGAAAACACGCACGAGAUCGUAACCCGUGACAUGUGCGGCGGAAUUCAAACGGAGUCUCGAUGAGGGACUUGUGACCGCGCGCGGAUUUCUAGAGUGAGCAUCAGUUAACGGUGAGAAGUGACCACCGACGGAUCAGCCUGUGUGUAAAGCUGGCUCACAAGAUCGUCCGAGAUUAUUCGACAUCUACGAACGGAAUUUACGAGAAAUAGUGGAACACCUCUGUAUAUUCGUACGCGUGUGCCGUACAGCCAGAUGUGAAUCAAGUAGCGGUAGAAUCUUCUAUUCUUUACCUUCGCGAUAACGAGAGGAUAUCCGGAUUAUCGGAAAUGACGGCCGAUUCGACAGCGUUGAAAGGAAUCGGUGAGGAGGAGGAGGAGAAUCUCGCGCCGAAUUUGUCAAAAGAUUCGGAAUCCGCGUCGAAGGAUCUCCACUCGUCGAAUCAGCCCCAAGUAAGAUCGAGGAAGACCAGGGUGGUGUCUUUGUGCCUGCCCACCGGACUCCUCGAACUCGGCGACCGCGUGAAAAUGGAAAAUCUGCAGCCGCAAACCAACGAACUGAAGUUGAAACCGAUGGAAGAGACGUCGAAACCGAUCAGACGCGUCUCGAUAAGCGAGCAGACUACGCACGGCGUGGACAAUCCGGCGUUCGAACACCACCGGCGUAUAAGCGGGUGCUCCGAGCCGGCCUCGGAGGGCAGGAGAAAGUCCAUUCUACACGCCGGAAGCCAUCACGGCAGCUGCGAAAAUAUAGAAAACGGAAGAGCUAAUGGGAGGAAAAAGUCGGCACUCAGUCUGUCCAGUUCCAUUAGGGACAAAAUUGAGUACACCCGGGAACUUGAGAGGUCCUGGUUAUAUCUGUGCUGCACGAGGUGCCACGGAGUCGAGGAGAGCGCCGAGUCCUGGGAACCACCGGGUUGGAAGCGCGUCUGUCCGCCGCCGUUCUGUCCGACUUACAGAAAAUUCGCUAGGGUCCUGUCCCUAUUCAUCUUAGGACUGCUGAUAUGGGGUAUAGUAUACUGCAUCAUCGGCGACGACGCCGCGCCCGGUGGACAACUCUUCGGACUGGCGACCCUCUGCAUAGCCGCCCAUUUCGGGGGCUGGUUGUUCUCACUGACCACAUUGCCGGCUCUCAUUGGGAUGCUCAUGACCGGGAUAUUGCUGCAGAAUGUCGGUGUGAUAAACAUCGAGCCGAGAUACGCGGGUGUUAUAUCCAACCUGAGAAAAUUCGCUCUCGUUAUAAUCCUGACGAGAGCCGGACUGGACUUGGAUCCGGAGGCGUUGAAAAGGCUGCGUGUUACCGUGCCGAAGAUUGGUCUGAUUCCGUGGUUCGUCGAGGCCGGUGUCAUCACGCUGACGACACGUUACUUCCUGCACCUCCCUUGGGUAUGGGGAUUUCUUUUGGGGAGCGUGAUAGCCGCCGUUUCGCCGGCUGUCGUGGUGCCCUGUCUGAUCAGGCUACGCGGCAAAGGAUACGGCGUAGCGAAGGGGAUUCCGACCCUCAUAAUAGCCAUCGCCGGUAUAGACGACGCUGCGUCGGUGGCCAUAUUCGGGAUAGUCCGGAGCAUAAUGUUCUCCAACGAUUCACUCUGGUACCAGAUACUCCAGGGACCGAUCUCCAUAGGCGGUGGAAUUGGAUUCGGAAUUCUUUGGGGUUUCCUGGCCAAAUACGUACCUGAAAAAAAUGACCGUUUUAUGGUGCCGUUGAGGGUCCUGAUGCUUUUGGGCGGCGGUUUGAUCGCCGUUUUAGGAAGCGAAACGAUCGAACUCGGCGGAGCCGGUCCUCUCGGCGUCAUAGCAGCGGCCUUUGUGAGCUGUUACUUCUGGCAAAAGGAGGGAUGGGACGUUGAAGACAAUCCGGUGGCCACCGCCUUCGAGAUAUUCUGGAUGAUAUUCGAGCCCAUCCUCUUCGGUUUAACGGGGACGCAAGUUGUGCUGGCUGAUAUGAACGGCGAGACGGUUUAUCUAGCUAUCGCGGCGCUGCUUUGCGGUGGGGUAAUUCGGAUCCUGGCCACGAUAUUGGUUGGAAUCGGUUCCAAGUUGAACCUGAAGGAGAAGAUAUUCGUCGCAUUUUCUCUGAUGGCCAAGGCCACGGUGCAAGCCGCCCUCGGACCCGUCACCCUCGAUUACGUUAUGGAAAACACGGAAGAGAAACGAUACGCCGACACCGUGCUCCUGAUGUGCAUUCUAUCGAUCAUAGUCACGGCGCCGAUCGGCGCGAUCGUCAUAUCGAUAACCGGUCCAAAAUUAUUGACCAAAACUAGGGCGGUACAACCGGCGCCCGAGGGUUGGAACAGACUGAGGAGACCUUCGAUGAGAGAUAUAUCGAUAAUAAACGAGGAGAUCGACCUCGAGGACGAGGAAGACGCAACGAAACACUGACCGUUGUGAGUCUGAUCAUUGCGAUGGAUUAUCGUUCGAAAAAAUUUCAAAGAGAAUCGGAAUAAGGUAGGGAAAACUUUUUCCCCGCCGACGAACUCCUCCCUCGAUUCUAUUAUACAUUUUUUUUUUCCAACAUUUUUAUUCAAGACUCUUUCGUGCGUAGACUUUGAAAUUAUCUCCCUUUCGUCGUUAACAUAUUUUAUCUCGAAAGACCCGAUGCGUUACGCAUUUUGAGAUUAUAAAUUCAAUACCAUUCGAAACGUCGGUAUAUGGGUAAUAAUUCAUCCAAUGUAUAUAUGUGUAUAGGUAUAUCCGCCUGAUUCUCGGGCUGUUCGGAAUGUUUUUAAAUUCUGUUCUCGUAUAUAUAGCACCGCAUUUUACUCGGAGGGAUAAUUGGCGAAUCGUUUACUCGAUUCUAAAACUUUGUAGGCGCAAAAGCUCAGAAAAAAAAGAGACGAAGAAACGAAAAUAAAAAAGAAACGCUAGCUUUAAUCGUUAUUGAAAGUGACGGUAUAACGAUGGAGUGUAAAAUUAUCUGUCAUCGGGUAAACGUACGGAAAAAUUCGAGGUCGACAAUAACCGUCACGUACCAUCGAAGAAUCAUGCGAGUACAUUCACGCUGUCACGGUGAACAGAGAAAGACAAAAAAAAAAAGAAAAAAAAAAGAAAAAACAUCGUUCCUAAAAUUUAAUCACUCAAUAGGCGUCCUAAGUGCGGCUCAAUGCACAAUAUAAUUGUAUAGAUUUGAAAAAGGUGUUCCACACGCGUGUUCCAAUUACAAUACGUAUACGUAUAUUAUAAUUGAUAAUUUUAAAUGGAAAAACGCGUUAUGCUAACGUGUAAUAAUAUCGAUAACAACAUCCCAAUAAUAUUAAUAAUAAUGAUGAUGAUAAUGAAAUGAUGAUAAUGAAACUCUCAUUACGUGCGAUGAUUGUAAUUCGGAAGUAAGAUAUUAUUUGUUAGUAUUAAAAUAAUAUAUAUGUAAAUACACAAUGUAGAUGUAAUUCCGAUACAAUAGCCAAAAAGGAGAUGAAAAAUAACGUAAAUUUAUUCUAUGAAUUUGACUUGUAAAUUAGAAGAAUAUGGAUGGCACAUUUAUUGAUUAUAAUAUAGGUAUAAUAUAAUAAUUACAUGGUAAUAAAAUAAAAGCACAACAUACAAGCGCGUGUUGACGUUCAUUUACAAUAUAUAUUAUAAUAUUAUAUAUAAAAUAAGAAGAAUAAUCAUACACGUUCGAUUAUUCGUAUAAAUAAUUAUAUAUACAUAUACAUAGACAACACCUCUGAAGGUUAAAUUAAAUAUUAUUAAUUAAUAUUCAGGCGAUGAAGAUUCCUCGUUGUAUAUUAUGGCUUUGGCUUGAAGGUAUAACAAUUAAUCGACAGAUAUAUAGUUCGAAUACUACCAAAAAACGAAAAAAAAGAAAAAAUAAAUUUUGUCCAAGAAAAUAGUCUCCUUUCAUCAUUACAUCGCUAUUAAUUGUUACAUUGUCGCAUGUACGUAAAAUUAAAAUUCUGAGGGAUUUUUUAUCCAUGUCUUUAAGUCUUUGAGUGAAUAACGUUAACACACGUUGAUAUGAUAUACUUAAAAAAAAAGAA